AGUAGAACCUGAGUCUAGCUCGGAUCCUGAAGCAUCUUACAGUCCUGCUCCUGGCAUGUCGUCAUUCUCAGGGGCUGUCGAUCAUAACGACCGAACGAUAUUACGCAAUCGGGUCGUUGAGUUGGAAAAACAGCUUCAAGUCUCUGCUCCCACCAAGCAAGAGCCUAAGCCUCCACGGCUUCAGGUACUUUAUCGCCUCCUAGAUGAUAAUAAUUCUGAGGAUUCCCCGGAUGACACUCCAUUUGAGGAUGAAUCGGAGAUAACACAAGACAAAAGGGAUACUGCUCGCUUGCGAUGCCAAAAUCGAGUCCGAGACAUGGAGUUAUAUCUUAUGAGACACCCAGAUAUAUCACCAUUCAUCUCGAUACUACUAAAGGCUACCAUGGCUUCAAGCCUAUCGACCAGCUCCGCCUUCCAGCCCCAGCUGCUGAAAGUAUUCUUCCGGUCGAAACAAAUCUGA